AUGGUCGGGAUCCUGUACUUCCAGCCCAGUGUGUUCCGCUGCAUCCUGCUCAGAUGGGUUCGUCUACUCGGGUUCGCCACCGUCUACGGAACCCUGACCCUCAAGCUGUACAGGAUCCCCUACUUGACCAGCUGGAGGGUGCUGCGGCUGCUGGUGCUGAUCCUUCUGGUGGUUCUGUGGUUCCUGGUGUCGUGGACCUCAGCCGUGUGUGAGACCCCGGAGCGGAGAGGGGCCCUCAUCGACGUGGGCUACACCCCUGAGGGCCUCCAGUUCAGCAUGUGUUUGCUGGACCGAUGGGACUACAUGAUGGCAGUGGCGGAGUCUCUCUUCCUGGUGUGGGCUGUGUACCUGUGCUACGCUGUGAGGACAGUCCCGUCUGCGUUCCAUGAGCCUCGGUACAUGGCCAUCGCGGUGCACAACGAGCUGCUGCUGUCGGCCAUCUUCCACAUCAUCAGGUUCAGUCUGGCUCCGGAGCUUCACCCAGACUGGAUGCUUCUGCUGUUCUUCACACACACACAUCUGACUGUGACGGUGACUCUGGGUCUGCUGCUCAUCCCCAAGUUCCUGUUCACUGGGACUCACAUGAGGGAGGACAUCGCCUCUGAAGCCUACGAGGACGAGUUGGACAUGGGACGAUCAGGCUCCUACCUCAACAGCAGCAUCACCUCAGCGUGGAGCGAGCACAGCCUGGACCCCGAGGACAUCCGGGACAUUGGGUACGUGACUUCUGACCCCGAGGAUAUCCGGGUACAUGACCUCUGA